GCAUUUAUGAAUUAUGAGAAAGAGAAAAUUUCAACAUUUUAUAAGCCAUCCACUAAAAAUGUUUACUUGAGAUGAAAUUUAGAACUGCACCAUCUUAAAAAUUUAAUUGUCAUUGUUUAUCAUUUAGGCCUUUCCAAUUUUCAUUUGAUGAAGGUUCCUGUGGGUUUUAUUGCAAAUCUUUGGAGCUUCAUCAAAUUUCUGCCUUUCUUCAUCUUGCUUCUCAUUUUGGGCAUCUUCAAAGCUUUGAUCAUCAGUCCAGUUGCAGCAGUCAUUAUCAGUGUUGGAAAUUCUUCAGUGAUUAUCGGACUGUGGCCUGCUCAUUUUAUCUGGACUUGUUACUGUGUAGUGAGAACAAAGAGAUUGGGGAUGACUCUGAAGAUUGGGACAUUGCUUUUCUUGCCGAUGCCUCUUGUCCUUUGGCCUUUUGCUGGUAUCCUUGGGAGUUUUGUAGGUGGGAUUGGAUUCGGGUUUUUUUCGCCAUUAAUUGCAACUUUUGAAGCUGUUGGAGAGAAUGUCCCUGAUAAAUGCUACCACUGUGUAGCUGAUGGCUGUUGGCCAACAAUUCAGGCAAGCUGCACGGUGGUACGGGACUUCACUGAUUUUUGCUUCCACUCCUACUUCUCCUACAUGGAUGAACUCAUCAUGAAAACACCUGCUGAGGAGGAGCCCGUGGAGAUAAAGCUGUCAAGGUUGCCUGGCUGUUUGUUGGUCAGCCUACUUGCUCUGUUGGUAGAUGUACCUUCAAUAACAGUCCUUGCUCUUUGGAAGAGCCCAUACAUGCUUAUUACUGGAUGGAAAAGGCUAUUAGAAGAUUUUAUUGGAAGAGAAGGGCCAUUUCUCGAGACAGUAUGUGUCCCAUUUGGCGGUCUUGCCAUUAUCCUUUGGCCUCUUGCCGUAAUUGGAUCAGUUGUUGCUGCAUUCAUGUCUAGUUUCUUUCUCGGGGUCUAUGCCGGUGUUGUUGUUCAUCAGGAACACUCUUUGAGGAUGGGACUUGCAUAUAUUGUAGCUGUUGUCUCCCUAUUUGACGAGUAUGCUAAUGAUCUACUUUAUUUGGAGCCAGGGUCACGCCUUCCCAGGCCAAGAUAUCGAAGGAAUGCCAACUCUUCUCCGGAUAGCAUACAGAGGAAAACCUCACACGAAAGUGAGAAUAAUGUGGAAAAGGAUGGAAGAGAAGGGUUAGGUGAUUCAACACUGACGUCACAACGCUCAAGAACAUUGAAAGCUGCAAUUCAACAUUAUAAGCCAAUAAAGUUACUGGAUUGGCUGUUUAAAUCAUGUGAGGUGAAUGGAAGGAAACUGCUUCAUGAAGGUCUGAUAAAUGUGCAAGACAUCAGAGAUUGUGUUGUGAAAGGGGAUUGCAAGAAGUUGGGAACUGCACUUCCGGCAUGGUGCCUUAUGAGAUGUUUGCUCGUCUCUGCUAAGUCGGAUUCACCUGGUUUAGUCGUCCCUGAUGAGUCUGAUCUAACAAUUACAAAUUGGCCAAGAGAUAAAAUGUUUCUAUGGUUCAUUGAACCUCUCUUGAUCAUGAAAGAGCAGAUCAGAAAAUUAAAUUUAGAGGAAAAUGAAGAAGCUUGUUUGCAACGAGCAAUCAUGCAAAGCAAAAAUCAGAUACCAGAAGAUUGGGAUGAUAUCGGGUUUCCAUCUGAAGAUAACAUCAGAAGAGCACAAUUACAAUCUAUCAUCAGAAGAUUGCAGGGUAUUGUGGGGUCCAUGUCCAGGAUGCCGACUUUCAGACGUAGAUUCCAGCAUUUGGUUAGAGUUUUGUACAUGGAGGCUGCCAAGACUGGUGCCUUGGUGAACUACAUUGUCGACAAUUCCACCAGGAGAGAUGCUUCAGACAGUCAGGAAUCAGAUGAGGCCUCAGAAGAAAGUGAUGCGGGAAAAACCGAGUAUAGUGUCGCAAAUAUUGUGUAGUCAUGGCUUUUUGCAAACUUGGGAGUUGGGACACAUACGUUCCGUGGAUGAGUUGAGAGAAACUAUUUGCCAGAAUCAAUGGAGUUCAAUGCACAAUGAUCAAAACCGAUCAACCAACUAAAUAGUGUUUUGGUUGCCUCUACUUUGACAAUUGAUGGCAUAGCUGGGAAAAAGCAAUACUAUUCAGAUGUUAUAGUUUCUGCUCGAUCAGUUUUAUAGAGCAUCAUAAAUGAACUCAGUCAACAAACUACACUCUUGUAAAGAUCAAAUACCCUCUUUGAACGAUCAUUAUUAUAUUAAUAGAGGAUUUUUAACAAAUACAAAUUAUUUGGUUGCGGGUAAUAAAUGGUGCUACUAAUUAAUUUUGUAAAGAAAUUAUUAUGGCAACUGUUAUGGUAGUGAAAUUUCAUCCUGCUUGA